CUACUUCUCUAAAAAAAAAAAUAAAACCCUACACAUUUUCUCCACAGCCGCCUCCCUCAUCCUCCCAUGGUCACGCCUCAUUCUCUUGCUGUCCCUCUCUCAUUCUGCCGUAGGAAUACUCUCCCCAGCCGCACCGCUAGCUUUCUCCAUAACGGUCGGCAUCGCAAGGCCUUCCGACAGCUUGGAGCCUCUUUCUCCAUCUCACAUUUCCACAUUAAUUAUUCUAUUGAAGUUUCUUGAGUUUAAUUAGAUAGACUUCUGACAAAGCUUUGUAAUGGUGGGAUAUGGCAAAUUCUGCUAUGAGAUUAGUGCCUUGAGCUGAAAAGGAACCUAGAUACUAAUGUUGGGUGGGUUAGAUCUUAGGGGCCUUUGUUUUAAAGGUUUGGGUAGGUGGAUGUUGAGCCUUUCCAUGAGCCAAGUUUUAGAAAGAUAGGAAAGUUUUGAUAUUUUGUGGGACCCAGGGUAAUCUAUACUUUUGUACACUUUAAUAUUGAGCUUGUCCCACAUUCCAAACCUCACUACUCAAAACAAACCGGUUUAAUCUCAUUAGUUUUUCUUCUUCUUCUUACAACACGUAAUUUAACUUAAUUUCUGUGCUUUAACUAAUAUACUACUGGUGCUUCAGUGAAGUUUUAUUUUGAUUAAGUAAUUGUAAACAUAAACUGAAAACAGGUCUACGUCGUUGUGGCUCUGUGCUUGACUUGAGAACCGCGCUAUUGUGUCUUGGUUGGCAUUUGUCUUUCUCGUGUAAAAUCCUCUGGAAAAGGCUCUGAUAAAGCACAGUGGAGUGUAAGAGAAGAAGAGAAGUGAAGAGCUUUCAUAUAGGAUAAUGCAAAACACAUUUAUUGCGUCAGUUAACGAGUCUGGAGAGAGAUAGAGGUACUACUGAAAGAAGCACCACGAACAUCACCGCCACAAGUUUCAGUACGUGAAAGCAACAGCAGUGGUGGUGGCCACCUGUUCUCUUCCUCUUCUAUUUUAGAAUAAAGAGUCCUACUCCUACCCUUUUUAAUUUUUUUUCUGAGGAAAAAAAAUGACUUUCAACUGGGUUUGUUCUUUACCGUCACAAACAGUGUCUGUGACAACAUCAAAUAAAUGUAGAAGCUUAAAGGGUCUCAUAGAUAGCGGCGGCUGUAAUGGGUUUCCUUCUUUUCUCCCCAAGGAGGUACGUAAUAUCAAAGACCCAUAUGCUAGAGCUCUGGCUAAGAGGAUCGAAAGGCUUCCGGUACAGUUGCAAUUUGGAGACUCAAGGAGUUGUAUAAUGAGUAGCUGUGUGAAACCACUUAAUCAAAGUGAGGCCAAUCCAGUGGUCCUGCUCCAUUGCUUUGACAGCUCUUGUUUGGAAUGGAGAUGUGCACUUCCAUUGCUUGAAAAUGCUGGUUUAGAGACAUGGGCUAUCGAUGUCCUUGGAUGGGGUUUCUCUAAUUUAGGAAGUCUUCCACCAUGCACUGUGGCAUCCAAGCGUUAUCACCUCUAUCAGAUUUGGAGCACCUAUAUCAAGAGGCCAAUGAUAUUAGUUGGACCAAGCCUUGGUGCUGCUGUUGCAAUUGACUUUGCACUUCAUUAUCCAGAAGCUGUUAAAAAGUUGGUUUUGAUUAAUGCAAGCGUCUAUGCAGAGGGCAAUGGGAACCUAUCAAAGUUACCUACAACAGUAGCCUAUGCUGGGGUAUCUUUCUUGAAAUGCUUACCACUACGCUUUUAUGCAAAUAUGAUAGCCUUCAGCAACAUUUCUUUAUCUACAACCUUUGAUUGGACUAAUGUGGGCCGAUUACACUGUCUCCUGCCUUGGUGGAAAGAGGCAACAAUCAGUUUUAUGAAUUGUGGGGGUUAUAAUGUUGCAGGCCAAAUAAAACAGGUGAAGCAUAAAACACUUAUCAUCUGCGGCGAACAAGAUCAAAUAAUUAGCUACCAGGAAACAAUGAAGUUACAUUGUGAACUUCCGGAUUCGAAAAUGCGACUUGUACCAGAAUCUGGUCAUCUCCCUCAUGUUGAGAAACCUACCUAUGUUGCACAGUUGAUUCGAGAGUUUGUUCAAGGAGAUAGCUGGUGACAUGUCAAUUGUAGAUUCAUCACCAAAACAGGUUCCUGCUAAGGCCGCUCGGCUACUUCUCUUCUCAGUGGUCAUGUGUACAUCUUUUUUUUUUCCUUCUUACUUUACGUGUUGGUCGGUCAUUUUGCUUCUGCUUUUUUGCAUAUAGAGAAAAGUUUUAUACGUUGCAAGUUAUGGGCAGAAGUUUUGCAGUCUAGCUCUUAUUUGCCAAGAAAUUUUGGCUCAAGCACAGUAGUAAUAAAUAAAUAAAGGCCAAUUCUAAAGGAACAAUAACGGUUUUGGCUCUGUCACUCAUA